UAAGAACAUGAUUAAGCCCAGAUAAAUCGUGGCCGUGGAAUAAAGGGAGAGAGCCCAAGAAGGAGUCAUCUAGGGUUUUUCAUUAUAAGAUCUUGCAUUUUGGUUUAUGUUCCGCCUCUUGUCUUCACGACACUCUCAGCUCACACCCAAAGCUUCCGCUUAGCUUCAAACAAUGGUGUUUGUGAAGCCAUCCAAGUCGAACGCUUACUUCAAGAGGUACCAAGUCAAGUUCAGGAGAAGGAGAGAUGGUAAGACUGACUACAGAGCAAGGAUCCGUCUCAUCAACCAAGACAAGAACAAGUACAACACACCAAAGUACCGUUUUGUUGUCCGCUUCACCAACAAAGACAUAGUCGCACAGAUCGUGUCCGCAAGCAUCGCCGGUGACAUUGUCAAGGCUUCUGCUUACGCUCAUGAGCUGCCUCAGUAUGGUCUCACCGUUGGUCUUACUAACUACGCUGCUGCUUACUGCACCGGGCUUCUAUUGGCUCGCCGUGUUCUGAAGAUGUUGGAAAUGGAUGAAGAGUAUGAGGGCAACCUUGAGGCUACCGGAGAGGACUUUUCCGUUGAGCCAACCGAGUCCAGGAGACCAUUCCGUGCUCUUCUUGAUGUUGGUCUUAUCAGAACCACCACUGGGAACCGUGUCUUCGGUGCACUCAAGGGUGCGUUGGACGGAGGACUUGAUAUCCCUCACAGUGACAAGAGAUUUGCAGGUUUCAACAAGGAGAACAAACAGCUCGAUGCUGAGAUCCACAGGAACUACAUCUACGGUGGUCACGUCUCAAACUACAUGAAGAUGUUGAAUGAGGAUGAGCCAGAGAAGUUUCAGACUCACUUCAGUCAGUACUUGAAGAAAGGAGUUGAUGCCGAGAGCAUGGAGGAGUUGUACAAGAAGGUUCAUGCAGCCAUCCGUGCAGACCCCAACCCCAAGAAGACUGAGAAACCUGCUCCCAAGACACACAAGAGGUACAACUUGAAGAAGUUGACCUAUGAAGAGAGGAAGAACAAGUUGAUCGAGAGAGUAAAGGCACUGAACGGAGCUGCUGGUGGCGACGAUGAGGAUGAGGACGACGAAGAGUAAAGCGUCUCAGGAUGUCUCUUAUAGUUUGUUACUUUUUUUGCCAGACUUUUAAACUUAUGUUUUCACAUUUUAAUUGCGUUUGAGGAUUUUGAGUAUGAGAAUGUUAAGCUUAAAUCUUUUCGACUUUUUCAU